AUGUUGACGAACGCUAUCAAGAACGGCCUGUCGAGGGCGGGAACGGCCACGACGACGACACAGCACACGCCGAUCCCCUCGCCGCCGGGCGUGCCCGGCCUCGGGAACAUCGACGCCAUCGACUCGGACCUGCCCAUCAAGUCGCUCCAUGAGCUCGCCCAGAAGUAUGGUGCGAUCUACGAGCUGAACGUCAUGGGCAACAAGAUGAUCGUGAUCAACUCACGCGACCUCCUGAACGAGGUCUCGGACGAGACGCGUUUCUACAAGAAGAUCGCAGCGAACUCGAACCAGCUCCGGAAUGCCGCUGGGGACGGCUUGUUUACUGCACGCGCCCCAGAGGAGAAGAACUGGGGCAUUGCGCAUCGUCUGCUGAUGCCGAUUUUCACACCCGGGAGCGUGUGCAAUAUCGCAGACGACAUGCUAGACAUCGUCUCCCAGCUCGUCCUCAAGUGGGAACGUUUCGGUGCAAAGGCCGUCAUCGACACCGCCGAGGAUUUGUCCCGGGUCACUCUAGACACCAUCUGCCUCACUGCGAUGGGAUACCGCCUGAACUCCUUCUACCGGGAGGACCUGCACCCCCUGGCGGUGGCUAUGGCCGACUUCCUUCUCGUGAGCACAAAGCGCGGAUCACGCCCUCCCGCCGUGCAGGCCACGCUCGUUGCCGAGAACGCCAAAUACGAAGCGGACCAGAAGAUCAUGUUCCAGAUGGCCGAGGAAAUCAUGAACGAGCGCCGCGCCAACCCUACGGACAGGCAGGACGUCCUCGGCCUUAUGAUGUACGGGAAGGACAAGGAGACUGGCCUCUCCCUUCCUGACAAGACGGUCCAGUACAACCUCUUGACUUUCCUUAUUGCUGGUCAUGAGACGACCUCUGGCAUGCUGGUCUUCGCGAUCUACUAUCUCUUGAAGAACCCUGACACGAUGCGCAAGCUCCGCGACGAGAUCGACAGCGUUAUGGGCCAGCGCCCCUUCACCACCGCAGACAUGAACACCAUGCCCUACCUCACGCUGCGCCUGGCGCCGACCGCCCCCGCGCGCACCGUCGCGCCCUUCGAAGACACGAUUAUCGGCGGCAAGUACUUCGUCGCGAAGGACGCGUCGAUUACGGUCGACACGUUCGACUGCCAGCGGGACCGCGAGGUGUGGGGCGAUGAUGCGGAGGAGUUCAAGCCCGAGCGCAUGCUCGACGGCAAGUUCGAAGCGCUCCCGUCCAACGCCUGGCAAGCCUUCGGGUUCGGGAUGCGCGCGUGCAUUGGUGGCGCGUUCGCGUGGCAAGAGGCCCAGAUCGCGCUCGUGACGAUCUUCCAGCACUUCGAUCUCGUCAUGAACGACCCCACGUACGAGCUGCAAAUGAAGCAGACGCUGAGCAUCAAGCCGAAGGACUUCUUCAUCCGCGCCGUCCCGCGCAAGACCAGCCCGCACCAGUUCGUCCCGCGCUCCAUCAACGUGUCGAAGAAGGCGUAG